ACACACACACACACACACACACACACACACACACAUAUUCACACACGUAUACACACACGUCGUACUCUCAGUCAGCUCUCUGAAACGAUUCCUGGCUUUGCGACACACACACUCUCUCUCCGGCCCGCUCACCGUCUCGUUGUGACGCGGGGGAAAAAAAGGGGAGAGUUUGGGUCCUGAGAUCUCCCUGGGAGAGACGAGAGGGGGGAGAGAGCGCCUGAACUCUAAAGCCGGUGCAGGAGCUUCUGCACCAACAGUAGCAGCAGCAGCAGCAGGAAGAGUUUUAUUUUUGUUUUAGUCAGGACCUCGCCGGACGCCCAUCCCCAAGACCUCCCUCAGGAACGCAACCGGACGGGGAAGUCUAUAGAAGAGCGCCACCAUGUGUGACUGCUUUCACCUGGCGUUCCCCAACUGGCAUGGGCCAGGCACGGGGGCCGGGAGAAGGCUGCGAGGACCAGAGCGGGAAGCUGAGGAUGAUUCAGUAUGUGAAGAGGCGACAGAGUUUGUAGAGGGGGAGAGACCACGCCCACAAGGAUCCUCCCCAGUAGAGGAGUUUCCGGCUGGAGAGAAGUACAUUGAGAAACCGGGUGGGGACGACUUCUAUGACCACGUCCACAAGACAGGCAGUGGCAAAAAAGGAAAGAAGGUUGGUUUCGGGUCCCUGUUUGACAAACGGUCCUCUGGGAAAAUGAGUCAGAUGGAGGAGCUUCAGAAUGGUGAGUCUGAAGUGCUUGUGAAAACUGCAAAGGAGGCCUGUGCUGAGGGUCUGAUUGUGACGGGAGGAGGGAAGGACGGAAUCUUCAUUAAGGAAGUGAAGCCUGACUCGCCAGCUUCAAAGCACCUCCGUGUUAAAGAGGGGGAUCAGAUCCUAAGUGCGACAGUUUACUUCGAUAACGUGUCCUAUGAAGAUGCCCUUCAGAUUCUUGAGCAUGCACAGUCUUGCAAAAUGGAGUUCUGCCUGAGGCGCAAGCCAACAGAACCCACAGUCCACGCAGAUGGUGAAACGGCAUUACCUGAGGGUGAAGGAGGCUCUCCCAAACUGAGGAGUCGCAAGGCAAAGAGACAAGAAGCCAGAAUCUCAUGGCCAAAAUUUCCAUCCUUCAGCAAAGGGCGCAAGGGGUUUAAAAGGUCUCACAGUACAUCUGAAGCAGAGGAGCAGAGAAAACUAGAGAUGAGCCCUACGACAAGUGAUACAGAUUCACCAGUCAAAUCUCCACUGAAAUCCCCUGAUGGUAAAGAAAAGAAGAAGAAGAGGCUCAAGCUGAAGGUCAAGAUGAAAGGACUCAGAAGCAAGUCGGUGGAGCAUCCAACGAGAGAUGAGGAGCCAACGCUAGAGAAUGUGGAUGACGUGGAGGACCAGGUAGAGCAAAACGGAACAGAUAUUCUGUCUCCUGAGGAAAUGCAACCAUUGGGCGAACCUCUGGUUGUCGAGCAGGAGGAAGCUGAAAGUCAAGAGUCCACUAAAGACAGACCUGAGUACACAUUCCCAAGCUUAACAGGCCCUGAAAUGGAAACAGGCUUACACAAAGUAGAGCUAAUCACCUUGGAUACAACUCUGAAAACGACAGAUAUUACAGUUGCUCUUGCCGAGGCUGGUCUGAGAGACAAGAGAAGCCCCGAAAGUGUAAAGAUAGAGAGGUCUGAACUGAGAGUAAACAUUCAAGGGAAAGAUCUACUAGAUACUGUGAAUGAGACCCAGAUUAAAUCCUCUCCAGUGAGCCAAAAGGACCAAUUAACUAGUCUCAGGACCUCAGAUCCAUCUACCUAUGACAGUGUUGUAAUUAGCCCCAGUGUAAUGUCACAUACAGAUUUCAGUGACCAUCAGCUUAAUAUCGACACCAAUACUCAGGCAACAAACCAGGGUAGAACAGAAAAAACCUUUGGACAUGGAGAGAUGGAUAUGAGUAUGCCACCAGUAGAUGUUUCACUUGACAUGUCAGAUAUAGGUUUGCUAAGGAAAUCUCCAAGAAUAGGAGGUGAAAAGCAGUGGAAAGACAGCGCUGCAAUCAACCGUCCGGAACCUGAGAGCUAUGGAAUCCGAACCAGAGGUCCUUUGGCAGACAUGGCAACAUCAAAGGCAACAUUUGAGGCAGUAAAUGACAGUGAUUUAAAAUGUACUACUCCAAAAACUGUCAUUUCUCAACCUAAAUCAAGUCCACUAGACAUGAGUAUUACUGACCAGAGUAAGGAUGGCACAAUAGACAUGGAUGUGCCACAAGCUCUCGUGAUGCCAAUGGGAAUAAGCAUUGAUAAAGUGCUAGCAGAUAUUAGCACCACAGAGGGCAAAGUCAAAGGAGAAUUCAAACUACCAAAAGUGGCCGUCCCUGACUCAAACCUCUCUGAACUAAUAAAGAUGACACAAAUGGAUACUGAUAGACUUCAACUUCCAAGUCGAGAGGAACUGGAGAUUCCAGGUAUGGAGGAUGAAACUUCAACUGCAGCACUUCAAAUUCAAGGUAUGAAAUUACCACAAAUUGAUGAGAGUGAUGAUAUAAAACUCACUAAUGAGAUCCGAGCUAAAAGAACAGAAAUUGAAUUCAACCUUGAGGAUGUGAAAGCAAUGGUUGCCAAAAUACCAACUUUCAAGCUGCCGAGAAUCGACAUGUCAGGAAUUUACACACACAGAGAAAUCACACCUGAUUCAGAUAAGAUUUUGGGAACAGCGGGAACAUCUCCUCCUGAACUUUCAGAAGCAAAGACAGACGUGAGCUUCAAACUACCUGAUGAUACAAUGGAAGCACUAAUACCUUUUAUCGACAUGAAGCAGCAAGUCACAUCUUCAACAAUCAAACUGCCAAAUGUUGAACUGCCACAUUUAGAUGACCAUGAACCAAUAACUGUGACAUGUAUCGAAGACUCAAAACCAAAGGCCAAAUCUAUCACAGAUGGAAUGAAGACUUUUGAGGGUAAAUCAGUUGAAUUACCCAAGUACAAGCUACCAAAGCGGGAGGACAUUGAGAUUCCAGGAAUGGAGGCAAUCAAGAAAACAACUGCUCAAAGGCCAGAUGUCAAGCCUGUUUUGGAGGUAAAGGAAACUCAGAAACCUGACACUUCCCUAUUCCAUUCAACUGACGGACAAAUUCUAAUACCUUUAGCCCCAGCUGCUGAGAUACGCAUGAAAGGUACAGCCCUUAUAACUGAGGCGAAAAUAGAGACAACACCCACUGACAAGAAAGACAAGAAAGACAAGAAAACAAAGAAAACAAAGAAGUCCACGCCCAGUUUUGGAAUUACAAAACCAGACAUUCGCUUCCCUGAUAUUGGAAUUGAUUUUCCGAAACAAACCACUUCCUCAAAAAAGGUGGAUGACAGCCAAGUCAGAGUAGAUACGAAAAUGGUCUCUCCUGGUGAUGAGGUUAAGAUCAAAACACCACUGGUUGUCUCAGUGGAUAUCCAGAAGCUUCAAAUGGACACUUCAAAAGUGAGAGAAGAAGGUGAAAUUCACGUACCAAAAGUAGAAGUUCCUGCCUCUGACAUAAAGGUUCACGGAUAUGGAAUCUCUCUGCCAAAAGUAAAAGAAACAGAAACAGCGGUUAUGGAAACUCCCAAAUCAGAUGUCAGUAUGUCACAGCUAAAAACUAAGGCAGUUGGUCCUAGUGCAGAUAUGGAGAGUCAAGUAACUAUGCCAGAGGUGGAUGUUGUUAUGCCAUCAAUUGAUGUCAAAGGUGCAGUUGGGGAAAUUUAUGUUCUUGAAAGUGAGACUAAGGACAUUGACAUCAAGUUAAAGAAAAGGAAAAUAUCAUUUCCAAAAUUCAGCUUCUCCAGAUCUGAAGUCAAAGCACCUGAGGUGUCCAUUACCUCUCCAAAAGUCGACAUAAGUUUACCUGAAACAGGUGUGGAUACAGAAGACACAGACAUAGAUGCCACAGCUCCUGAGAGGGAAGCUCCAAUAAAAGAUACAAAUAUCAGUGGCUCCCCAACUAAAUUCAAACUCCCCACACUUAAAUUCCCCAAAUUUGGGAUGUCCCCCCAAAAGGUCCACAUUGAACCCACCGAUGUAGAAACUGCGAUUAAAACCCCUGAAGAUGAAAUCUUGGAGGUAAAUCUGCUAGAACCUGAGCUGUCAAGGUCAAAGCUUCCCACUGGUGCCCUCCACACAAGUCCAAGUGCAGAAAUUGCAGUCCCAUACAGUGAUGCAGUAAGUAAGCUGGACAGAUCCAAGCACCCAUCAACUAAAAUAGAAGGGCCUGAACUGAAACUGAGCAUCUCACAGCCAGAGGUGGAAAUACCAUCUGCUGAUAUAUCAAUUACCCAAGCAAAAGAUGAACUAAAGAUAGAAAAGGUUGAAGGAUUAUCAGCUGAGGGAAAAGCAGAGCCACCUGAAAUGGAAAUUAAAGUGCAAGAGGGAAAAGGUUUCAAACUGCCUAGAUUUGGAAUCUCAAUACCCAAAAUGAAAGGACCUGACAUGGAUGUGAAUGUGCCAGAGGCUGAUACUUCACUUCCAGAGGUGAAAGUAGAUAUCGAACAACCAGAUGUCCAUAUUCCCUCUGUGACAGCAGCUAUUGAUAUGCCAAAGGUAGAUGUUGAGCUACCAUCAGCUGAUGUGAAAGGUGCGAGUGCAGACACUGAUUCCUCAUUUGAGGUUGAGGCCAAGGAGAGCGAUGCCAAACUAAAGAAAAGACGCAUUUCAUUUCCAAAAUUCAGUUUUUCUCGAUCUGAAUCUAAGGUAUCAGAUGUGGAUGUUGAACCUCCAAAAGAAGACAUCACUGCUGCAACUGUAUACGUAAAAGACUCAGAGACAGAUAUUAAAACACUUGAAGGUGAAGCAGCAUUAAAAGAUAGAAGCUCCCCAACAAAAUUCAAACUCCCCACACUUAAAUUCCCUAAAUUUGGGAUGUCUCCCACGAAAGUUCAACCACAAGGGAUAGAUGUGGAAGUUGUUCAUUCAAUACCUGAGGAAGAAAUUCUGGAAGUGACAAUCCAAGAACAUGAUCUAUCCAUAUCUGGAGAGGUACCUGCAAAGGAACUCUGCCUCACUUCAAGUGCAAAUGUUGACAUCUCCACUAUUGAUGUGGAGGCAGAAGCAGCUGUGCCUCAAAUCAAAAUGGAGACACAUGAGGUGGAUACCAAAAGUGCUGAAGGAAGCAAGUUCAAAAUGCCAAAAUUUGGAAUCUCACUACCCAAAGCCAAAGGACCUGAAAUAAGGAUGAGUGUAUCAAAACCAGAAGCUGCGGUUUCUCUGCCGGAAGAAAAAUUUGAAAUCCAACCAACUGAUGUUGAGAUACAAAUGACAUCUGUUGAAGCAGAUAUGGAUAUUGCACAUUUAGAAAGUAAAGAAACUGACAUAAAAUUUAAGAUGCCAAAGAUGUCAUUCCCAAAGUUUGGACUUGCAAAAUCAGAGGUAAAAUCCACUGAAAUUGAUGUCACACCAAAGCUAGAAAUUUCUCUGUCAGAUGGGGAAGUGAAGAUCAAAGACUAUUCACUACCACAGAGUAGUUUAGAAGUUACUUCACCAAAAGCUGAGAUGGCAAAAACAGAAGUUGAAGGUUUCCAGCUAUCAAGCAACUUGAAUUUACCAUCAAUUGAUCUGAGUACUUCUGGAACAGAAAUCACCACCAAUGUGUCUUCUCUCCACAUUGACCCACCACAAGCCAGUGUGCCUCCUUUUGACCCCAAAAGGCCCAGUGCAGAUAUUGUACACCCUUCAGUAGAUGUUGCCCUGAAAGGAUCAGAUAUGGCAAUACAGCCAAGUGAGAUACUGCAUCCAAAAGGGAAAGUAGGGGUCAAACCUCCCAAAGUUGACGGGCUAACAGUUGAGGGGGAUGCUGAGGCACCUGCAAUUAAUGUCAAAGGUCCUGAUGGAAGCCAGUUUAAAAUGCCAACAUUUGGAGUUUCCGUACCCAAAGUGAAAGUACCUGACAUGAGCAUGAGUGUAUCAAAACCAGACAUUGACGUGUCUGAACCAGAGGUGAAAGUUGAGGUGAAAGUCCCAGAUUCUGAAAUCACAGCACCCUCUAUUGACACAGAACUGCCCCAAGCAGAAGCUAAGGAAUUAGAUGCCAAAAUAAAAAAGCGAAGGAUAUCAUUCCCAAAAUUUGGAAUCUCAAAACAAGAAGUCAAAGCUCCAGAAGUUGAUAUCACUCUUCCAAAGGUUGAUGUGUCUCUACCAGAAUGGGAGGUCGAGGAGCCAAAGGCUGAUGUUAAGAUUCUUGAAGACAGUGAAUUAAAAGAUGGCACUGGAAUGGGAUCACCAACAAAAUACAAACUUCCCACGUUCAAACUUCCCAAGAUUGGUGUUUCAGCAUCAAAAGGGGUUACAGAGGUUCGAGACGUGGAUGUUGGUAUAACAACAGCCCAGGUGAGUCUACCAGAAGCUGAACUGAAAGUUUCAGGAAAUGUUCCAGCUCUUGAUGGCGAAGGAUCAGGUGUGGACUUGAAGAUUCCAUUUAUAGAUGUGGCUGUAGAUACUAAAGGACCAGAACUCGAGGUUGAUGGAAGCAAGACCAUCUUUUCAACAAAAGUAGAAGGUCCUGAAGUUCAUGUGAGUGUCUCUAAACCAGAUUUGGAUGUUUCUCUGCCUGAAGGGAAAGUUGAUGUGGAAGUUCCUCUAACUCAAGAGAAAGUAGAGAUACCUGGGGUAGAUUCCAAAGGAAUUGAUAUGAAAAUGAAGAGACCAGGUUUUUCAUUCCCAAAGUUUGGACUAUCAAAAGCAGAGGUUAAGGCUCCAGAAGUUGAUAUCCCAGAAGGAAAAGUAGAAGUCACACAGGCAGAUCUUGAUGUUAAGAUUCCAGAGGGAGAGGCUCAACUGAAAGAUAUUAAUAUUACUUCACCAACAAAAUUCAAACUUCCCACAAUGAAAUUCCCUAAGAUUGGAGUUUCAGCACCAAAGGGAACAGCUAAGGUCCCUACUGUUGAUGUUGAUGUCAAAGCACCUGAGGUCAGUCUGACCGAUGCUGACCUAACAGUUUCAGGAGAUGUGCCAGUAGUUGAUGUUGAAGGCCAAGGAACUUUACCAAAAGUGAGUGCGUCUAAGACAGAUUUGGAUAUUUCCCUUUCAGGGGGCAAAACAGACAUUGAAACUCCAUUAGCUGAAGGAAAGGAAGAUUUACCUGACAUAAAAGCAAAGAAACCAGGUUUUUCAUUUCCCAAAUUUGGAUUCUCAAAACCCGAGGUUAAGGGUGUGGAACUUGAAGCCAGUCUUCCAAAAGCUGAUAUUUCUUUAAAAGGUGAGGUAAAAGAGCCAGACAUUGAUGCUAAAAUUCCAGAGGGAAGCACCGAAAGCAAAGAUUCCAAGGGCAUUGACAUAAAAAUGAAGAGAUCAAGUUUUUCAUUCCCAAAAUUUGGAAUGUCUAAACCAGAUGUUAAAGCAGAUGUCAGUCUCCCAGAAGUUGACACAUCUCUACCUGAGGGAAAAGUGGAAAUCAAAGGGCCAGAGAUUGAUGCUAAGAUUCCAGAAGCAGAUGUUCGAUAUAAAGAUACAAAUAUUCAAACCUCACCAACAAAAUUCAAACUCCCAACAUUAAAAUUUCCUAAGUUUGGAGUCUCUGCACCAAAAGGGUCAGUAGAGGCACCUGGCCUGGAUGUUGACGUGAAGGGACCAGAGAUCAGCGUGCCAGAUGCUGAGCUAAAUAUUUCAGGGAAAAUUCCAGAAGUUGACAUCGAAGGCCAAAAUGUGGACGUUCAACUUCCCUCCAUAGAUGUCAAUGUUGCCUCAGAAGGACUAGAGGUUGAUGGACAAGGAAGUAAGUUCAAACUUCCAAAUUUCGGAAUCUCUUUACCAAAAGUAAAAGGUCCUGAAUUUGAUGCAAGUGUCACAAAACCUGAUUUGGAUGUCUCGCUGCCUGAGGGAAAAGUAGAUGUUGACGCUUCACUACCUGAAGGGAAGGCUGAGAUAGGUGGGGUUGAUUCCAAGGAUAUUGAUGUAAAAAUGAAGAGACCAGGUUUUUCCUUUCCAAAGUUUGGAAUGUCAAAACCAGACGUUCCUGACGCUCCUGAUAUCGAUGUUAAUCUCCCUGAAGUCGAUGCAUCUCUACCAGAAGGAAAAGUGGAAAUCAAAGGGCCAGAGACUGAAGUUAAGAUUCCAGAGAUUGAUAAUCAAUAUAAAGAUACAAAAAUUCACACAUCACCAUCAAAAUUCAAACUCCCAUCAUUCAAAUUCCCCAAGAUUGGAGUCUCAGCACCAAAAGGGUCAGUAGAGGCACCUGGCCUGGAUAUUGACGUAAAAGCACCUGAGGUCAGUCUACCAGAUGCUGAACUUAAAGUUUCUGGGGAAGUUCCAGAGGUGGAUCUCAAAGGCCAAAUUGUAGAUGCACAGCCUCUCUCCAUAGAUGUCAGUGCGGGUACAGAAGGACCUGAGGUUGAUGGACAGGGAAGCAAGUUCAAACUUCCAAAUUUUGAAAUCUCUUUACCAAAAGGUCCUGAAGUUGAUGUGAGUGUCUCAAAACCUGAUUUGGGUGCCUCUGUGUCUGAGGGAAAAGUAGAAGUUGACACACCACUCCCUGAAGGGAAGGCUGGGAUACCUGGAAGUGAUUCCAAGGGUAUUGAUGUAAAAAUUAAGAGACCAAGCUUUUCAUUCCCAAAGUUUGGAUGGUCAAAACCAGAUGUGAAAGCUCCCGUGAUUGAUGUCAGUCUCCCAGAAGUUGACACAUCUCUACCUGAGGGAAAAGUGGAAAUCAAAGGGCCAGAGAUUGAUGCUAAGAUUCCAGAAGCAGAUGUUCAAUAUAAAGAUACAAAUAUUCAAACCUCACCAACAAAAUUCAAACUCCCAACAUUAAAAUUUCCUAAGUUUGGAGUGUCAGCACCAAAAGGGUCAGUAGAGGCACCUGGCCUGGAUAUUGACGUGAAGGGACCAGAGAUCAGCGUGCCAGAUGCUGAGCUAAAUAUUUCAGGGAAAAUUCCAGAAGUUGACAUCGAAGGCCAAAAUGUGGACGUUCAACUUCCCUCCAUAGAUGUCAAUGUUGCCUCAGAAGGACUUGAGGUUGAUGGACAAGGAAGUAAGUUCAAACUUCCACAUUUUGGAAUCUCUUUACCAAAAGUAAAAGGUCCUGAAUUUGAUGCAAGUGUCACAAAACCUGAUUUGGAUGUCUCUUUGCCUGAGGGAAAAGUAGAUGUUGACGCUUCACUACCUGAAGGGAAGGCUGAGAUAGAUGGGGUUGAUUCCAAGGAUAUUGAUGUAAAAAUGAAGAGACCAGGUUUUUCAUUUCCAAAGUUUGGAAUGUCAAAACCAGAUGUUCCUGACGCUCCUGAUAUUGAUGUUAAUCUCCCUGAAGUCGAUGCAUCUCUACCAGAAGGAAAAGUGGAAAUCAAAGGGCCAGAGACUGAAGUUAAGAUUCCAGAGAUUGAUAAUCAAUAUAAAGAUACAAAAAUUCACACCUCACCAUCAAAAUUCAAACUCCCAUCAUUCAAAUUCCCCAAGAUUGGAGUCUCAGCACCAAAAGGGUCAGUAGAGGCACCUGGCCUGGAUAUUGACGUAAAAGCACCUGAGGUCAGUCUACCAGAUGCUGAACUUAAAGUUUCUGGGGAAGUUCCAGCGGUGGAACUCAAAGGCCAAAUUGUAGAUGCACAGCCUCUCUCCAUAGAUAUGCAUGUACAUGCUGAGGGACCCGACGUACAAGGAAGCAAGUUAAAAUUCCCCAAGUUUGGAAAGUCUCUGCCAAAAGUCAAAGGCCCUGAAGUUGAUCUGAGUAUCUCAAAACCGGACAUGGGUGUCUCUUCGCCAGAGGGAAAAGUAGAUGCAGAAGCGCCUUUGCCUGAGGUGGCAACAGAGAUAUCUGGGGUAGAUUCCAAGGGUGUUGAUAUAAAAAUGAAGAGACCAGGUUUUUCAUUCCCAAAGUUUGGAAUGUCAAAACCAGAUUUGAAAGCCCCAGAUGUGGAUGCUAGUCUUCCAAAAGUUGAUAUUUCACUACCAGAAGGACAAGUGGAGGUCAAGGGGACUGAGCUUGAUGUUAAGAGCAUAGAGGGAGAUGUUCAACUGAAAGAUGCAAGUGCAAUUACCUCACCAACAAGAUUCAAACUUCCCACAUUUAAAUUCCCUAAGAUUGGAGUUUCAACACCAAAGGGUGAGGUGGAUAUUGAUGUAAAAGCACCUGAGGUCAGUGGAACAGACACUGAACUGAAUGUUUCUAUGGAAGUUCCAACUGCUGAUGUCAAAGGCCAACUUGUGGAUGUACAGGCUGAAGGGCAUGACGUUGAUGGACAAGGAAGCAAGUUCAAACUUCCAAAAUUUGGAAUCUCUUUGCCAAAAGUAAAAGAUUCUGAUAUUGAUGUCAGUGUUUCAAAGCCAGAUCCAGAAGGAAAAAUAGAUGUUGAAGCACCAUUAGCUGAAGUAAAGGCAGAAAUACCUGAAGUGGAUUCCAAAAGUCUUGAUGUAAAAAUGAAGAGAUCAAGCUUUUCAUUCCCCAAAUUUGGUUGGUCAAAACCAGAUGUGAAGUCUCCAGAUGUUGAUGUUACUCUUCCAGAAGCAGAUGUUUCUCUUCCCGAAGGUGCCGUAGAGAUCAAGGACCCAGGAGUAGGUGUUCAAGUUGCUGAGGGUGAAGUUGACUUACCAGAAGUGGAUUCAAAGGGGAUUGAUGUCAACAUAAAGAAACCCAGCUUUUCAUUUCCCAAAUUUGGAUUUUCAAAACCAGAUACUAAGAUCUCUGAAGUAGACACCACCCUACCAAAAGCAGAAAUGUCUCUGUCAGAGGGAAAUAUGGAAGUUAAAGACCCCAAAAUGGACAAUGAACUUGAGGGUGAAGUGAAGGAUGGAACUAUUAGUGGGUCACCAUCAAAAUAUAAACUACCCACAAUGAAAUUCCCCAAAUUUGGAGUAACAGUUCCAAAAGUUGAGCCACAGGAUACUGAUGUGCAGAUGAGAGGGCCAGAUGUACCAGACAAUGAACUGAAAGUUUCUGGGGAGCCUGUUUCAAUUGAUAAUGUAAUACACGAUGUGGAUGUGGAUGUGCAGACGGUAGGUGUGGGGACAGAGGGACAAGGAAGUAAGUUCAAGUUACCCAAAUUUGGAGUAUCGCUCCCCAAGGUGAAAGGCUCUGAGGUGCCAAAGCCAGAAGGGGAGGUUUCUCUACCGGAGGGCAGAGUGGACAUGGAAGGAGGUGUUGAAAGUUCAUUCGUUGAAGCAAAAGUAGAUUUGCCAGAGGUCAAUGUGGCUGCAAGGAAACCUGGCUUUUCUUUCCCCAAAUUUGGUUUUGCUAAACCAGAAGUAAAGUCUUCCGAGAUUGAUGGAAAGACACCACAGGCUGAUGUCUCAAAGCCAGAGGGUAUUGUUGAGGUCCAGAAUGUUGCAUUAGAUGUUAAAGGUCCAGAUGAUGAAAGUGCUGUUGCCUCACCCACAAAAUUCAAACUACCCACAUUUAAAAUGCCAACAUUUGGAGGUUCUGCAGUAAAGAGUACUAUGGAAGUUACUGUUGACUCCUCUCUACCAAAGGGAACAUCUGAAGUCAAACCUGUUGAUACAGACAUCAAGGUCCCUGCAUCUGAAGUGACUCUAGACUUGAGCAAGAGUGAUGUUCAUGUUGAAGUUAAGGAGGUUAAGUCAAGAAUAUCAUUUCCUAAAUUUGGUUUUUCCAAACCAGGAGUUAAAACCCCUGAGGUUGAAGUGACACCACCUAUUGCAGAUGUCACUUUACCAGAGGCAAGCGUAGAACCAGAAAUAGAUGUGAAGAUUCAAGAGACAGAAUCUAAAGGUGAGGCAGUUGUUGGGGGAUCUCCAAGUAAAUUCAAAUUCCCAACUAUUAAAAUGCCCAAAUUUGGUAGUGCUACUCCAAAAACGAACAUCGAGGCUGACGUUACAGUUCCUGAAGGAGACAGUUCACCAGUGAUGAUCAGGGCUGAAACUGAUGUUCCAGCAGUUGAAGGAACAGUUGUACCAGAUAAUGAAGUUUCAACCCAGUCAGGAGAGAGCAAGAUUUCUGGCUCACCAAGCAAAUAUAAAUUACCCACUUUCAAAUCGCUCUUUUCAAGAGCAAAAUCUGAAGAAGACGCUGAGACACCAACUGAUGUCAAACCUGAGGAGGUCCCAUUGGAGACAGGAGACAAAGAGAUAACGCAGGUAACAGACAAAUCACCUAAGUUCACUUUGCCAACAGUUCAGGAUGUUCUUCGGGGUUUUGAUGUUGAAUUCCAUGUCCCCACAUUAGAUGAAAUAGAUGAACCGAAAGGAGGAACCUCUCAACCAGGUGAUGAAGAACUGAAGCCUGCAGCUAGUGGGGUGGAACAAGACGUGGAAGCAUCCGCAGAUGUUCAAGAGAAAUCAAAGUUUGCAUUACAAUUCUCUAAACUAGGAUUAACUCAGGCAUCAAAGGAUAGUGAUAAAGUGGAAAAGACUGAUGUGACUGUAAAGCAGUUAAUUAAAGAAGAGCAGAAGUUAGAGCUUUUGACAGAACAGAAAUUACAGGACACCCAGGACUUAGAUGCAAGCUCUGAAAAAGGAAGUUGGUUCAAGCUCCCUAAAUUUCCCUCUCCGACCAAAUUAGUUCAAUUUAAAGAAGGAGCAAAACUUAGUGAGGAACAUGAACAAAACACUGAAAGUGAAAAUCUGGAGAAUGAGAUCAGUAUAACAUCUUCACUGAGGUCAUCUGAUGCCUUUGCUGAUGAAAGCUCUGCGCUGACAACAGAACCGAUUGGACCAUCACUGGAUUCACCGACAAAAGUCACAGUGAAAUAUGCUGAGCCAAUCUCCACUGGCACUGGUGAUGUAACAACUAAAAUUAUUACCUCCACUACCAGAACUGAGCUCAUAUCCAUGGAGCCUGACCUGCCAGAGAUGGUUAACAUUUCUUUCUCCUCUGAGAGUUCAUCUAUGGACACACUAAGACAAGAGUCAGGGGCAAUCCAUAUAAUCACAUCAAAUGUACAGGCCAUACCAGAGACACAGCAAGCUACGAUUCUGACUGAUUUUGAAAGUCAUGCUGUGUCCCUGCCUGUCGAACAAGUUAUUUCUACACCAUGGUCAGUGCAGGAAACCAGCACGAUGCAAAAGGACAGCAUAGUGGUAGGGAAGCGCAUGAUCAAGGAGAUAUCAAGUGAGAUCAUGGAGACAGUGACCAUAACGCAGAAAACUUGUGUGCUCGAUGCUGACUCCGGGGAGCCCAUCAGCAGCACAGCAGCCUCGUCCUAUCAAACGUUACGAGACACAAUGCACACAGAGAAAAUGCGAUUUUUUAAAGAUACAGAGAUGCAAGCGGAGAGCACUGUUGUGAGUAGUGGAACCACGGAGAGAUGUGUAAUCAAACACUCCACUGAGGAACAUCAUGGGAAAUGAUCUGAGGUCUGGAGUUGUGCACCAGUUUAUAGUAUAUUACUUUUCAUACUUGUUUUCCAGUUGACUUACGUGCACAUAUGCAGGCCUAUGAAACAUACUGUUAAGGUGUGCAGCUUUAAUUUAUUAACAAAUAAAAAUUAGUUGUCUUUGUUGAGAGCAAAUCAUGUCACAUGCGAGUGUACAUCCACUGCCAAAACCCGUAGUAGAAUCUAUAAGAUUGAAAAGAUACACUGCUGUCUUUUUGGUGUGCAUUACUAGUGGGUGUGGUUCCCGAUCUUAACAUAAUUUACAAUGAUUACUCAGAAACCAUUCAAUAAUAUAUCAAUGAUAUGCACACAUUAUUAAAAUAUAGACUUAAGUUGUAGCAACAGUGUAAUAUAUAAUACGAUCUAUAUGGCUAUAAUGAAUGUUGCUGAACAUUGUUGGCUUAAAAACAAGAAGAUAUACUGAAGCAAAUAUUAUUUCUGUUUAAAAAGACUUUAGAUAUAUCUGGACAAAAUAUUUUAAAGCCAGAGUAGAAAGCCUCUCUGAUUUUUCAACAAAAAUGUAAAAUAUAAUGGUGAAAUAUUUGUUGUAAAUACAUUUUGUUUUAUUAACGUUUGCAAGUUUCUUUACUGCAGCUGGUAUUAUUUUUACCCUUGCUCCUAUGAUGCAGCAUAUUUACACGAUCAGAUUUAAUAAAGUUGUGAUGUAAAUGCCA